GGGUAGAGAGAGAGUGUUGGGGCUAGUUUAGAAAGGACACUCCCUUGCUCUUUGCCUUUGGACAGCGGGUGAAAAGAGGAGGGGCAUUUACGAAACAGCAAUCAGUUUGAAAGCAUGGCCGCGUCGGGAAACCAAGCAUAUCUUGCCAUGGAAGAGUCGGUGCGCUCGCGUGUUCCACCGAUACUGACUGAUUUAUAUCAGUUUACCAUGGCUUACGCCUACUGGCGCGCAGGGCGACACAACGAGCAUGCUGUUUUUGAGUUGUUCUUCCGAGACAAUCCAUUCCGCGGAGGUUUCUCGCUUUUUGCGGGACUGACCGACUGCCUGUUGUUCCUGCGAAACUUUCGCUUCUCCGAGGAAGAUAUAGAAUACCUGCGGACAGUUCUUCCUCCAAGUACCGAUCCUGCCUUUUUCUCCUUUCUGACCUCUCUGGACUGUUCCGCUGUCUCCAUAAGCUCUAUUCCUGAGGGUACCACUGUGUUCGCAAGGGUUCCUCUGCUAGAAGUUUCUGGUCCCCUGGCUGUUGUGCAGCUUCUUGAGACCAGCCUUCUGUGUUUGGUCAACUAUGCCAGUCUGGUUUGCAGUAAUGCGGCCCGCUUCCGGCUGGCUGCCGGCUCCAAGCUCAAGCUGAUGGAGAUGGGCCUCAGGAGAGCUCAAGGACCAGACGGAGGUCUCUCUGCCUCACGAUACUCUCACAUUGGAGGUUUUGACGCGACCUCAAAUGUAAUGGCUGGUCUGCUGUUCGGUGUCCCUGUGUCUGGAACUAUGGCCCAUUCUUAUGUCACUUCGUUUUCUUCUUUAAAAGAGGUGUCACCUCAGGUGAUGGUGCCGUCAGGUGGUGGUGAAAGCGUUGACUUUGUCACCUUAACGAUAGGCUGGCUGAGGCGCGUGUGUCCACUGCUAGGUGUGGAGUCAGAGCGUAUACACGAGGGAGAGCUCGCUGCCUUUCUUUCUUUUGGCCUCGCUUAUCCUCUGAACUUCCUACCUGUGAUUGACACAUACAGUGUAAAAAGCAGUGGUCUCCCAUGCUUUUGUGCCGUGGCACUGGCUCUGUGUGAGCUGGGGUAUCAGCCAGUGGGUGUGCGGCUGGACAGCGGUGACCUCUGCAGGCUAUCAGUGGAAGUGCGAUCCGUCUUCCUUGAGUGCAGCAAGCAUUUCAGAGUUGAAGAGUUCCAGUCCUUGACCAUCGUUGGCUCCAAUGGUGUGUCUGAGCAAAGUUUGGGUGAUCUCAAAAAGAGUGAGAUCGAUGUGAUGGGCGUUGGAACUCAUCUGGUGACCUGCACCCAUCAGCCCUCCCUAGGGUGUGUGUAUAAGCUGGUCGAGGCCAGUGGUCACCCCAAGAUGAAGUUUACUGAGGAACCGGAAAAGACCACUCUUCCUGGCAGCAAAAAUGUUUACAGACUGUUGGACACUGAGGGCCAUCCUUGUCUAGAUCUGUUAUGCCUAUCAGAGGAGCCUCCCCCUGUGGUCGGUGUGUCGUUGCAAUGCCAUCUGUUAGGGCAUGGGAACACCCCACAUCGUGUUACACCUACUCAAGUGGUGAAGUUACGGCAGAAUGUUUUCUCCAAGGGCCAGCUCACCCUACCUCUGAGUUCUGUGGCAGAGAGCCGAGCCCGAGCGCAGACCUCCAUCCACUCUCUACACCCAAGAUACAAAUGCCUCCAGCAGCCAGACACUUAUAUUGUUGCGAUGUCUGAGGAGCUCUUCGUCCUCUUCUGUGAUGUCAAAGCCAAAAACACCAGUGCCAAUAACUUCCUGCUUUGAUGAGAUGUUUGUAAAUGUGAAUCAACAGCCAUAAAAUGGCCAAAUCGAAUGUUUCUAAUCAACUUUAAAAUGAGAGAGUUGAUGUGCACCAUUGUGCACAUAAAUACAAAUGCAUGGUCAUGUGACGUAAGCCUCAUGGGGCUAUUGGACUGUUAGUUAGCACUGGGCUGACUGUACCUAGACAGAUAACAACUGCACUUUAGACAGUCAGUACAACAUUCACUGUACUUUAGACAGUUAGUAACUGCACUUUAGGUAGUAGGUACAACAUUCACUUUACUUUAGACAGAUAAUAACUACUUUAGGUAGUAGGUACAACAUUCACUCUACUUUAGACAGUUAGUAACUGCACUUUAGACAGUUAGUACAACAUUCACUGUACUUUAGACAGUUAGUAACUGCACUUUAGACAGUUAGUACAACAUUCACUGUACUUUAGACAGUUAGUACAACAUUCACUGUACUUUAGACAGAUAAUAACUGCACUUUAGGUAGUAAGUACAACAUUCACUUUACUUUAGACAGUUAGUAACUACUUUAGGUAGUAAGUACAACAUUCACUGUACUUUAGACAGUUAGUACAACAUUCACUGUACUUUAGACAGUUAGUAAUUGUACUUUAUACCGUUGGUACAUCUUUGCUAGGUAAGUCCUUACAAAUAUAAAUAAUUAUGGGCUAUUAUUAGGCCUAUAUCAUUUUAAUAAGCUACAAUCAACAUUGUGUCUGUCAAUAAAUGUAAUUUGUGUUCUUCAAUAAGUAUAGACUAGAUCUGGUGUCCUGAUUUACAUACAGUGUCACAGC